AUGGCAGAGGAUGAGACUAAUGUGCUGCUGGAGGUGGAUCUGAAGGUGCAGAAUGAGAAAGUGUGUGAGGCAUCUUUCACCAAGGAUUACCUGCGGCGAUCUAUGAUCUGUGUUGGUGAUGAGAAUCGCAGAAAGUCAGCUUUCUAUGGUGAUUCUGGUGGCCCAUUGGUCUGCAAUGGGAAGGCUCACGGCAUUGUUUCUUUUGGACCACUAAAUU